AGUGAAGCCCACGCCUUUUUUUCCUCUCUGUCAUUUCUCGUGGUCACCAAACACGCUCACACGAAAAAUGAGUGUCUCGUGGAAGCUACUCUCGACUUGCCUGUACUUUCUGCUUUUCGAUACCUGGCACCGGGCUUCGAGCUUCGACCUGACGCUGCUGCACACCAACGACAACCACGCGCGCAUCGAGGAGACCAGCGUGGACUCUGCCAAGUGCCCAGCCGGGGGUCGCUGCUUCGCUGGGGUGGCGCGACGCUUCACUAAAGUGUCGCAGAUCCGCAGAGACGACAAGAAUGUCUUGCUCCUGGACGCCGGCGACCAGUUCCAAGGCACCGUGUGGUUUAACUACUACAAAGGCGAGGAAGCGGCUUACUUUAUGAACAAACUUGGCUAUAACGCGAUGGCUUUCGGGAACCACGAGUUCGACAACGGAGUGGAGGGUCUUAUUGUUCCUUUCCUGCAGAAUGUUAAUUGCUCAGUGGUGAGUUCCAACAUCAGACCGGACCGGACUCUGGCCGCGAACUUGAGCCGCUAUUACCGGCCUCACGCGGUACUGAGCGUCGGCUCGGAGAAGGUGGCCGUGGUGGGCUACACCACCGUAGAGACCCCCUUUUUGUCGAUGCCAGGACCACACCUAAAGUUUGAUGAUGAGGUGGCAUCCCUGCAGAUUGAAGUUGACAAACUGCACACACUUGGCUAUAACAAGAUAAUCGCCCUGGGACACUCUGGUUUUGACAUUGAUCAAAUAAUUGCUAAGCGAGUGAGAGGAGUCGAUGUGGUCAUUGGAGGACACACAAACACAUUCCUAUAUUCUGGACCCGCUCCAUCUACGGAAGUGCCAGCAGGUCCGUACCCAUUCAUGGUGAUGUCAGAUGAUGGCAGAAAUGUGCCAGUGGUUCAGGCAUAUGCCUUUGGAAAAUACCUGGGCUACUUGAAGGUUACCUUUGAUGAGGCUGGAAAUGUUGUCCAAGCAGUUGGAAACCCUAUCCUGUUGGACAGUAGCAUACCUCAAGAUCCCAAUAUCCUUGCUGAUGUCGAGAAGUGGAAGAAGGAGCUGGAUCAGUACUCGCUACAGUAUGUCGGCCAGACAUUAGUUUACCUCAAUGGGACCUUUGAGGAGUGUCGUUUUCGGGAAUGCAACCUUGGAAACUUGAUUUGCGAUGCCAUGGUUAACCACAAUUUAAAAGAAUCUAAUGAGCUGCAGUGGAAUCAUGUGGGCGUAUGCAUAUUGAACAGCGGAGCCAUUCGCACAGCAAUUGAUGAACGCUAUAAAAAUGGUACCAUAACAAUGGAGGAGAUCCUCACCGUCUUACCAUUUCAACAAACUGUGGACUUGAUCCAGAUAAAGGGGUCAACCAUGAAAAAGGCUUUUGAACACUCUGUUCACAGAUAUGGAGGCAUGCAUGGAGAAUUCCUGCAAGUGUCAGGCAUCCAUGUAGAGUAUGACCUCUCAAAGCCAGUAAACCAGCGGGUCGCAUCCUUGUCUGUGCUCUGCACCCAGUGCAGAGUGCCAAAGUACGAACCACUGGACCUGGAGAAGACGUACCCUGUGGUCAUGCCUUCUUACCUAGUGGGCGGAGGUGACGGCUACACCAUGUUCAAGGGGGAGAUGCUCAAGCAUAAUACUGGUGAUAUGGACAUUUCAGUUUUGUCCAAAUACAUCUCCAACAUGAAGCGUGUCUACCCAGCUGUGGAAGGACGGAUCAAGUUCAGGAGCAUUUUAGCGAAAAAUAAUUCUGCGGCGUUUUUGGCCCAAAGCCUCACCCUGCUUUUGUUGUGUUUAAGCCUCUCUCUGACACGCUGAUUGGGAAACUAUGAUCAGAAACACCCAGGUAUGUUCAUUCUCAGGGGAGAUUCAAUAGCCAGCAAGAUAUGUCCCAUAAUUCUAAAAAUAUUUAAUGAAAUAAUACAUUUUAAUUACAGCGGAUUUAAAAGGUGAACCCCCCUGAUAAAUGCCUCUUUUUUGUGGAGUAAAAUGUUUACACAUUUAAUGUGGAAAAAGUACCUGCCUGCUCCUAGUUUGCACAUACCGAAACAGCUUUUGCCAUCAUUGCUACAUUUUUGACUCACACCAUGGCACAUCUUAACUUGACAAUAUCCACCCACUCAAAACAAAGCAUGUCCUAUUACAAGAGCAUCUAUUGCUUUUGAUGCACUGUAUCUGCCAGUAGUAGUGGUAUUGUUUUUCAUAAGCUCCACCGAUGAAAUUGAAAGGAACUAUUCCGUUUAAAAAGUGUUCAAAAAAAAAAAGCAUGUGUGUACAUUUGUUUGGAUAGUAUGACCUGGUUUAUAAAUAUAUUAUACAGUAAUUGAAUAGCUAUAGCUAUUUAAUCUAAAUAUACUUUAUUAAUCUUAAUUAAUUACUCAGGUGUCCUGUAGCUUAUAUAUGCUUUCAGUGUACCAUUGCAAACGAAUCUUUAGAUAGUCAUGAAAGUAUUUCUAUACCAUGAGUUCAUUUAGAGUGUUACUUUGCUCUAAAUACAUUUAUGCCAAAUGUAUUUUGUUUGUAAUAUUUGUUGCACUGUGUGGUAUGAUUGCAUUGCUUCAAUUGUCUGACAAGCCAUAUAACAAUUUCCAAAAAUUAACAAACAAGCUUCAAAAUUUGCUGCGAAUGUAACUGACACGGUUUAUAGCGUUGAUGAUCUAUAGUCUUCAUUUUAGCAUUGCACUAAAUGUUCUCAAAUGCAGAGAUAUGCAAAUAUUUGACUCAAUGUUAAUUUUCUUACGGAUAACCAACAAACAUGAUUUUACUGUUUUAUUUGUGCUUUGUUAACUUACUUUGAAUAUAACAGUUUUGUUUGACAGUGACUAUGAUGACUUGGUGUAUGAUCUUUAUUUACAUGUAGUAUAUUAUGUCGAUAAAAACACUGCCAUGUCAGAUGUAAUGUACAAGUUCUAUUUUACUUGGGUUUGUUUAAGAGUCAGUAUAGCAAUGUAUCCAGUACUCUGACUUAAUCAUGUUCAAAUAUCCAGUAUUUACCUAAUCUAAUACUGUCUUAGUUAAAAGAAAAGCAUUUAAUUUUGCAAUUAUUUUUGCUCAGAACUGCUUCAGGGUGUUUACAAACAAACAUUUAGUUUGUUCUUGUAAAAAAAUGACUUAUUGCAAUGAAUUGUAACAAUCCAAUUUCGUCCUCUCCAAAAGGUAACUAAAUUUCUAAAGAGUCAUCAUAACAUAACACAAAUGAAAUAUACCAACAAUAAAAAGUAAGAAUAUUAUUGAAAUAUUUUGACAGUUUAAUAAGAAUUUUAAUUCCAGGUUUGGUGGAUGAUUUCUUCGAUUGGUUGACAGUAUUUUAUAGCGGCUGCAUUCUUUCAUUUUCUCAUGUAUCGGUUUACUUUUACAGUGAAGAAUAAUCAUUCAACAUUUCUGUAUUGCCGGUGCAAUGCUGUUAUUUUAUUUUAUAUAUUAAAGUACAUGUUACAGCAGAAGAAAAGACCAACAAAUGUCUCCGUAGACAUAAAAGUGCAUUAAACGUGCAUUGAAAUUGUUAGUUUUUGUCAGUUGUACCGAUUCACAUCCAAGGAGCACUGAUUGAAGACUCUUUCUGCACCUGCUGAGAGGAUAUGAUACGAUCAACAAAGAAAAGAAUUACCAUUUUGUAUAUUUAGGGUUUAUACACCUCUUCCAAGUUUCAACCAAUUUGAAAAUUAGUUUGCAAAACUUUUAAGCACCUCACCAGAUUCUAUACGAUUUUAUAUAUAUAUAUAUAUACACACACACACACACACAUAUGUAUAUAAAUAUAUACAUACAUACUUGUAUAUAAGUGAAUUCCCCUUUAUAAACCCAAAAAUUGAACCAAGCUCACUGGGAUUCCCUGAGAAGCCAGGAAUAAAUUGACA